AUGGUUUGUGCACACAACUUCACUGGCGACGAUGAAGGAGUGGUCGGGAUAAUGGGUCUCGAUCGAAAUGGAUUAUCUAUUAUAUCACAAACUUCCUCUUUUUUCAAAAACUACUUCUCAUAUUGUCUGCCUGCUUUCUUCGGCUCCAGUACUGGAUAUAUAACUUUUGGCAAGACCAAUAGUUUCACAAACAAGGUGAUUAACUUCACACCAUUAACCACAGACUCUGAAACUUAUGAUGUUGAGAUAACUGGACUGAGUCUUGGCGGACAUAAACUACCGAUUGACAGUCAGGUUUUCAAGAAAGCUGGAGGGACUGUUGACUCGGGCACAGUCAUUUCACAUCUUCCACCAGCGGCUUACGCGGCUCUAAAGUUAGCUUUCCGUAAGAAGAUGUCGAAAUAUAAGAUGGUGAAACCGAGUGGCUUUUUGGAUACAUGUUACGAUUUUAGUAAGUAUGAUACCGUUACAAUACCAAAGAUGUCAAUAUUCUUUAAAGGUGCCGUUGAAUUGAAGAUGGACGUGACAGGAAUUGUGAUCCCCUUCAAAGACGACCUGACAGAAGUGUGCUUAGCCUUUAGUCCAAAUCCUACUGAAGAUGAUGGGGCCUUAAUUGGGAACAUUCAGCAACAAGGGAUGGAGGUGCACUAUGAUGUUGCUGGAAAAAGGAUAUCACUCUGGAUGCUUGAUCGGCGCUUCCUUGCAGAAGUUGAGAUGUCACUUCAUAGCGGACCAAUUAAUGGCCCGAUGCCUCACGUUACUAAAGCAGACCCAGAGCAGUAG